AUCGGAUCGCAGGACUCAUCUUUCUCUAAGACCAUCGCUGCUAUCCAGCAGCUUGUUCAUGAAUCAGGAUUGAAGUCCCAUACACAUACGACGGGAACAACGAUCGAGGGGCAAUGGGACAAGGUCAUGCGACUCAUUGGCGUCGCACAUACCUUAGUCCACCACAGCGGAAUCUUGAGAAUACAAACCGACGUCCGCAUCUUGACGAGGUAG